AUGGAAUGUGAAGCCAUAAGGAAUGUGAAGGAGAAGUGCAACAAGGAUAUCACAAAGGACAACAUUUUGGGAAGGCUUAGAACUUUCGACAGGUACUAUGAAGUCAUUACCAAGAUACUUUCCCAAAGUGGUUUUGGGUGGGAUUGGGUGAAUCAUAAGCUAUCAAUGGAUAGUGAUGAUGUCUGGAUCAAAUAUGUGGAGGCUAAUAAGAAAGAGAAAGGAUUAGCUUCCUACAAGACCAAAGUAGUGAAGCAUUGGGAGUCCAUAUCUAUCAUAUAUUCAAAAGAUCAUGCCAAUGGUGAAGGUGCGAUGACUGGUGCUGAGACUGCUGCAGAUCCAGAAGCAGAACCAAUAGAAAUCUCUCCAGAAGUGGCACCAAAGAGGCAACGAACAGGUGAGUCCAUUAUGUGCAUGAUUGGAGAAAUGAGGGCUACUUUCAAGGAUGCUUUGAAGACAACUGAUCCACUUCCACUGCCAAAAGCUACCACUCCUGCGGCAAUUCUAGCUGCACUUCAGUUGAUACCAGACUUGGCAGAGCCAGACAUGUUGCGAUCAUAUGGGAAGCUGAUUCUUAAUGAGUGUUUAUUUGAAGCUCUAAUGGAGUUGCCCAUGGAAAUGAGGAAGGCCUGGCUGUUAGUGUUGCCUUAA